AUGUCCCUCUCCCAAAUCGCCUACAUCCUCGCAACCCUCACUGCAGGCGGCGGCAGCAUCGGAUACCUCCGCGCCGGCUCCGUCCCCUCCCUCGCAGCCGGCUGCACCGUCGGCGCCCUCUACGCACUCGGCGGCUACCGUAUCCAGAACCGACAGAGCUAUGGCUCGGAAAUAGCGCUGCUGGCGAGCGUGGUGCUGGCGGGGAGCAGCUUUCCACGGGCGCUGAAGACGCAGAAGCCGCUGCCGAUUGGGCUGAGCAUUGUGGCUGGGUUUGGCCUGUUCAGGUUCGGGGAUGCUGUGUUGAAUGGGAGGACGUGA